AUGGCACUCCCGAAUAGGAUCUGCGGUUUUCAACCGCUACCGGCUGAGAUCCGACAACAAAUUUUAGAGCAUGUCUUUGACGACCAUAAGCAUAUCACGACCUUCACCGAUCAUGGCACGCCUGGAGGGAUCAAGAUCAACGAGCAUUACAAACCCAGCUCGCACAUGACAUUGCUGCUCACUUGUCGCCAGAUGUACCAGGAUGCCACUUUGCUGGCCUUUAGUCACACCUCGUUUGUGGCCAAUAGUCUCUUCGUGUCAAACCAGAUCCCUAAACGCCUUGAAGUACUCUGCCCGAAGCAGCUUGCGGCCAUACGGUCCAUCACAUUCUCAGCAGAUGCUCGACACUUCCGCAAGUUGAUCGACUGGGGUCAGCAUCCGUGGGGUAUAUCGUCACUCAACCUAGACAGCUUGACCAUUGUCCUCAACCGCUCAAGUACCUGGCAUUACCUCUUCGACUAUAUCUCGGACAUUACCAAGCUGCUCCGGAAUUUUCAGGGCGUCAAACGUGUCGUAUUUGUUCGCAACCAUGCUCGUGUCAAAGGUAGUUUCAAGACAAGCUACAACAGACUCAUUGGGCUCAUGAUGAAGGUGGAUCAUCAAGAGCGCUACGACAAGAAGCCCCCAAACGCAGAAAAGGUGUGGUGGACGUGGAGCUUCGACGAUCAAGCACAAAGCUUUUGUCUCGAAGCCUGCCCCCCCAAGGAAAUGGUCGACGAGCAGUCAUAUGUUGAGCAGAUGUUACCUCUGAUGGAAGAGUGGAGAGUGAGUGUGGAGAAUGAAGAGUGGAAUCCUGAUCCGAGGAGUCGAUAUCUAUACCAAGUACUAGAGUUCGCCGGUCAAGAAUUGAGCCCGUCCAUGACCAAAGGACCAAUCUGCUUUCGUAUUCUCGAUACAGGUGAUGACGAGAUCACCGCCUUCAAGUUUACAUUCCUUCUUCAAGGCCUCAGCGAGCUUGCCGUAGAAGUUCUGCUUGACUUCUUGACUACGCCCUUGCUGGAUGAUUUGGAUGAACAGCAAUUCGUCCGUCCGUUCUAUCCCGAGAUCGGUAUCGUCGAGCAUAAGUUCAUAUGGUUCGUGUUGGGUUAUGACCUGGUAACGUAA